CUGCUCCGAAGCCCCCGGGCGCGGCCCCGCUGCCCGCCACUUCCCGGAGGAGCGGCGGGCUGUGACGAGCGAGAUGAAGCUCCCAGGCAGUUGGAAGAUGCUCACAGUGGCUGUGUGUGUGACCCUUCUGGGCUACCUGCAGGCCCAGGAGCUCCAGGGACAUGUCUCCAUAAUCCUGCUGGGAGCAACUGGGGACCUGGCUAAGAAGUACUUGUGGCAGGGACUUUUCCAGCUGUACCUGGACGAGGCCGGGAAGGGCCACAGUUUCAGCUUCCAUGGGGCUGCCCUGACGGCCCCCAAACAGGGCCAGGAGCUCAUGACCAAGGCCCUGGAAUCCCUUUCCUGCCCCCAGGACGUGACUCCCAGUCGGUGUGUUGAACUCAAGGGUCAGUUCCUGCGGUUGAGCCAGUACCGCCAACUGAAGACAGCCGAGGACUAUCAGACUCUGAGCAAGGACAUUGAGGCUCAGGUCCAGCGGGAGGGCCUCCGCGAGGCUGGCAGGAUCUUCUACUUCUCGGUGCCGCCUUUUGCCUAUGCAGACAUUGCCCGCAACAUCAACAGCAGCUGCCGGCCAGGCCCGGGUGCCUGGCUGCGGGUUGUCCUCGAGAAACCCUUUGGCCAUGACCACCUCUCAGCCCAGCAGCUGGCUACAGAACUUGGGAGCUUUUUCCAAGAGGAGGAGAUGUACCGUGUGGACCAUUACCUGGGCAAACAGGUGGUGGCGCAGAUCCUGCCCUUCCGAGACCAGAACCGCCAGGUCCUGGACGGCCUCUGGAACCGGCACCACGUGGAGCGGGUGGAGGUUAUCAUGAAGGAGACAGUGGAUGCAGAAGGUCGCACCAGCUUCUACGAGGAAUACGGCGUCAUCCGCGACACCCUGCAGAACCACCUGACGGAGAUCCUCACGCUCGUGGCCAUGGAGCUGCCCCCCAACGUCAGCAGCUCGGAGGCCGUGCUGCGGCACAAGCUCCAGGCCUUCCAGGCCCUGCGGGGCCUGCAGAAGGGCAGCGCCGUCCUGGGCCAGUAUCAGACCUACAGCGGGCAGGUGCGCAGAGAGCUGCAGAAGCCAGACAGCUUCCACAGCCUGACACCGACCUUCGCAGCCGUCCUUGUCCACGUGGACAACCUCCGCUGGGAGGGCGUUCCUUUCAUCCUGAUGUCCGGCAAGGCCUUGGAUGAGAGAGUGGGCUACGUUCGCGUCCUGUUCAAGAACCGGGCGUUUUGUGUCCAGAGCGAGAGGCACUGGGCCUCGGAGCAGUGCCAGUGUCUGCCCCGGCAGAUCAUCUUCCACAUCGGACACGGCGAGCUGGGCCACCCUGCCAUCCUGGUCAGCCGGAACCUGUUCAGGCCGUCGCUGCCCACCCAGACCUGGAGGGAGGUGCAGGACCGGCCCGGGCUCCGCCUGUUCGGUCGCCCCCUGUCGGAUUACUACGCCUACAGCCCCGUGGGGGAGCAGGAUGCCUACUCCAUCCUCCUGUCGCACAUCUUCCACCGCCGAAAGGAGUCCUUCAUCACCACGGAGAACUUGCUAGCCUCCUGGGUCUUCUGGACCCCCUUGCUGGACAGCCUGGCCCGUGAGGCCCCACGCCUCUACCCCGCGGGGGCCGAGAGUGGCCAUUUGUUGGACCUUGAGUUCAGUGGUGGCCAGCUCUUCUUUUCCCAGCAGCAGCCAGAGCAGCUGGUGCCAGGGCCAGGGUCUGCCCCAAGGCCUAGUGACUUCCAGGUUCUCAGAGCGACAUACCGAGAGAGCCCGCUCGUGUCCGCCUGGCCUGAGGAGCUGAUCUCGAAGCUGGCCGAGGACAUCGAGGCCACUGCAGUGCAGGCGGUGCGGCGCUUUGGCAAGUUCCACCUGGCGCUCUCAGGUGGCUCAAGCCCCAUAGCCCUGUUCCAGCAGCUGGCCACGGGGCACUUCGGCUUCCCCUGGGCCCACACGCACCUGUGGCUGGCCGACGAGCGCUGCGUCCCGCUCUCGGACCCGGAGUCCAACUUCCAGGGCCUGCAAGCUCACCUGCUGCAGCAUGUCAGGGUCCCCUACUACAACAUCCACCCCAUGCCUGUGCACCUGCACCAGCGGCUCUGUGCCGAGGAGGACCAGGGCGCCCAGACCUACGCCAGGGAGAUCUCAGCCCUGGUGACCAACAGCAGCUUCGACCUGGUACUGUUGGGCAUGGGCACCGAUGGGCACACGGCCUCCCUCUUCCCACAGUCACCUGCUGGCCUGGAUGGCGAGCAGCUGGUGGUGCUGACCGAGAGCCCCUUCAGGCCACACCAGCGCAUGAGCCUCAGCCUGCCCCUCAUCAACCGUGCCAAGAAGGUGGCAGUCCUGGUCAUGGGCAGGAGGAAGCGUGAGAUUGCCAUGCUGGUGAGCCGUGUGGGCCACGAGCCCAAGAAGUGGCCCAUCUCAGGCGUGCUGCCUAGAUCUGGCCAGCUGGUUUGGUACAUGGACUUUGAGGCCUUUCUGGGAUGAUGCGGACAUCCUCUCCCUUUGCUUGUUCCUGGGCUUUCUCUCACCUGCCGUCUCCCUGCCCCCCAACCUUCCCACCUGUCCAAUGUGCCCAGUGUCAGGCCCAAAGGCCCCCUCCCAGCCCCUGUGACCAUUGGUCCCACCUGGUUGUGAUGGGCAGGUACAGAAACAGGCGAAAUGGGAUCUCUGCUCUUGAGGUGCCUCAAAUCCAGGUCAGGAGAGAAACCUCAAGGAAAGACCCCCAGCAGUUACACGUCAGUAUCAACCAGGCAAAGAGAGAUGGGAGACGCAGCCAGCAGUCAGAAGAGGGAACGCAGUGGGCGAGGUCCAUCAGGGGUGGUUUCCCAGGGAGGCAGUCCUUGAACUGGCUCCUUUGGAGAGGGCCUGGGUUGAUAGAGAGAAGGGUACAAAGGCCCCCUGCGUGCUCUGCCCUGUGUCAGGGAGGCUGCAGACGGUCCCAACACCUAGCAGGCCAACCCCUGCCUCCUCUAGCCACCCCCUCAUCCAGCCUCUGCACAUUCAGCCAAACGUCCAGUCCUCUUCCAGGUGCCUCCACCUGCUCUGUCUCUGGGUGCCUCUGUCCUCUGGGUCCCCAGGCCCUUCCAUUUCCCUGCUGCCCCUCUGCCUCUCCCUCUAUAGAGAUAAGCGUUGGUAACAGGAAAACAGCAAUAAGUUCUGGGACCGCAAAAGUCCCCAGAAACCCUUAGUACCUGUUAGUGGCUUCUUUUCUCAGCUGAGAACUGCCUUGCCCUGGGGGGUGGGGGUCUGGCUCCCCAGUGCCCUCAGGAAGGACCUGACCCUCUGCCCACUGUCCUCUCUCCAGCACAUCCCCCUUCUGGUUCGUCCUGGGUGUGCAUGAUUCAGCCAUUCCAGGGAUCCCUAUGGUGACAGGGUCAUUCACAUCUCAGGGUACCUCGGUGGGGGUUUCCACUCUCAGUGGCUGUUUUGCCAGGGAAGGUCCAGUUACGUCAUUCCCUGAUGUGGGGAGAUGUGACAUGAAGGGACUCAGAUCAAGUAGCCCUGUGGGGUGGCCGCGUCUCUGCCCCUUUCUGAGGGCUUAUUUGGCCAACUGGCUGCAGUAGGGGACAAGCUGAUGGCAGCCCUCUUCACACCACCUCUCAGGCCACCUGGCUUGAGCCUGCUGACCUCCUGUCUCCUGGCCUCUCCCACUGCACUGCCAACGCCUUGCCUAAGACUGGGCCUCAGUGGGUGGCCAGUGUAGGGGUCUCCCUGAAACCCCCAAGGUCAGGGAGGGUGGGUUCUGAAACUGUUUCCAAGAAAGCCAACAACAAAAAGCCAAGUUCCCCGGACACUUGUCCUUUCUGUUUCCACUGCCCACUUAGUCAUGCCCACAAGGCCGGGGAGGGCUUUCAGUGGUGAGGAGCAUCAGGAAAUCUGUUUCUCUACUUUCAACUGUUUACACUUUUUUCCAGGCUACAGAUUGAAAACAAUUCUCAAUUUCACUGGAGGUGUGUGUGUGUGUGUGUGUGUGUGUGUGUAAUAGUUGCCCAAGCCAGAGCUCCCACGUGAAAGGCAACCUUAAAAUUCUUACUUGGUCCUCCAGCGACCCGGUCCCGACAGAACAUCUCUCUAAGAGAGCUGCCCCUGGCAGAGCAGCACCUAGGCUGGGGGUGGGGGGCGUUUUACGUAGCACUCAGGGCCCUUGAUUGCAGCCGAAGUUCCCCCUCUGGCCAUGAGGGGGCGCCAGCACGCCGCCACCAACCUGGCCCUGGCAGCGAUCCCCAGCCAGGCCAGCGCCGGUUCUUCAGUUCUUCACAUUUCCUUUCAUUUCCCAAUCUGCCUCCCUCGGAGCUUGACCGCAGCACGCCCCCAUCUGUUCUUUAAGGACUCAUUCCUCUGUGGUUGCAAAACCAGAGCGAAAGGGGCCUCCACGUGCCCCAGUAUCUCCAGGAGCAAGGGUGAGUGGGCUUUGUGUCACCGUUUCUGAAUGAGAGUGAGUCACUGCCAGUCAGGGGCCAGAGUGUCCUGUUCUUACUCAGGAGUGACUUGCCUCAGAACGGCCCUUUAUCUGUGGAGAGUGUGCAGGAGUCGUGGGGCACGAACGCCAAAGACUUCCAGAUCAGGAGCCUCCAUCAAUCAUAUAGGAGGGUCAUAUCGCCAGGGUCUGAGUAUCCCUGGCUCCCCCCGCCUUUCCCCUUCACCCAGGGGCGGGCGGCAGAGCGGCCCAGAGCCAGGGCCACCGAGCAUGGGCGCCUCAGCCAUUUGGACUGUGAUCCGCAAUAUGAAUCACGACUCAGUCACAUCUGUGUACAAAUGUGUGUCUCAUGCCAGUUUCACAAACGGAUUCUUACCCUCAGGACCUGGGAUGCCCUCUGUUUUCUGUUUUUUUCAUUUAAAAAGUGCUGCUUGCAGUCCACGGGCUUGAGUUGACACAGAGCUUGACAAGCGCCCACCUAGUCCAGCUUUCUACCCUCUUAGGAACUCAGGACGCCCAGGCUCAGAGGGAGGUACAUGGGCAGUUCCCACAGGUGGGCAGCCCUGCGGCUGGAGCCUUCUGUCCUGCAGCUCCCACCUGGGGCUCCCAGCGAUGGAGGACCGGAGGCAGCUGUCUAGCCUGGGCCUUGGGGUGUUUGCCCUUGGCCUGGCUCAGGCAGAGGCAAUCUGGAUGCUGCUCCAACCUGCUGGCGUGAGGCUCUGCUGCAGGGUCGCUCCCUUCCUUGGGGAGGGGUGGGAGAUGGUGACGAGGCAGUCUGAAGCGGGAACCUGCAGCUUGUCUGGGAGAUGCUGUGUGUUCUUCACAGAGGGACCCUUGCCAAACACUGCGCACAGCACCAUCUUGCUCAGUCCUCUGGACAGCUCGACGUGGGUGGUGGCACCCUUGGUUACUGAUGGUUUUCAACUGAGCACAGGUUAAGGAUGCUGUCUGGUGACCACCGGCCAGCCCACAGCCCCACUCAGAACGGGUCUCUCAAUUCCAGACCUUGUUGCCUACACUGGGCAGUGCCUCCUCCUCUCCCGUUGGUGGGGUCAGUUUCUCUGGUCAGGACUAGUGCACAGAGGCCCCUCCUUGAGGGACCUUGUGAGUAUCUGCAGAGCAAACAUUAUUGCCACCGGUGUACAAUUGCCUCAGAGACUUGGGGGACCUUCUGGUGGUUGUAGCUGGAUUCCGAUUUCCCACCUGGAGGGCAGUGUUUCUGCUAACUACAAGAUCAACCGUCUCAUCUUGUUGACCUCCUGCUCCUUGCUCCACAGAAAUGCUUUGUUCCCACUCUUGGGCCCCCAAAUCAGGAGCACAAUCAAAGCUUCCUAUUGUUUGGACUAAUAAAUCAGAAGAUUUCCUGGAGGGUUUUCAUUCCAAAAUUUCA